AGAAAAGAUGUGUCUGUAGGUACAACCUGUUGGAAUCUUGAGACUGCUCUCAUUUCAAAGUCCAAGAACCACUGAAGUCAGGUUGAAGGUCCUAUCCAGGUAAUGCAAGCUGGCUGGCAAGUAUACCGAGGAAAACUAUCCUUGUGUGUGUACAUUUGGGGAGCUGUUAUGGCAGAGAAUGUAAGCAAGUAGUGCUUUGUUUGGAAACAGUCAGACAGUGGACUCCUAUAAUGCCUACUCAGAAACAAGACCUGUUGAAUUCAGAUGAUCUUACUUCCAGGUAAGUGAGUAUAGGAUUGCAGCUUGAAGAUUGUGGCACACAGCCUGGGGUGGGGGAUUUUGGUGUGCAGGAAGUAUCUCACUGAACUGUCUGGCAUAUUGGACAAUGAGGAAACAGUUCUGUUUGCUUGAUGUUUUCCUUUUCUUUAUGUGUAUAGCAUAAAUGGAGUAAAGCUUGCAAAUUGGACAGCAAGCUGAGGUUUUUAUGGUGGGGGAUAAAUUCAGUAGGGCUAAAGAUCUGUAUGGCCAAAGGAAUUUCAGCUUACUGUCUUAGUUUAACCAGCCUCACGAGGUGGUUGUGAAAAUAAAAUGGAUGGAGAACAGAAGGACCAUUUAAGCCUGCCCCGUGCUCCUUGGAGAAAGGGUGAAAUAUAAAUAUAAAAAUAAAGUUGUCUUUAUGUACUGUCCUUUCGUAGAAUCCUGUUAAUCCUUUCCCUGGUGCUCCUCUGUCUGCUGCUCUGGUCUGUGGGAAGAACUAAAUUUCUGUAUCGCAUCUAAACCUUGUUGGCUUGCCUUUAGCUCCAGUCCUGACCUGAAGCUGCCUUUCUGGCUGCAUCCUCUUAUGUUCCCUUCGUGCAAUAUUAAUGUCAGCUUCAGCUGUGCCUAGGCACCGCCUCCCUUCAGAAAAAGCACUUCUGCUAUGCCAGGUUGACAACUUUGGCUUUACCUGUUCAGGGCUACAAUUCCCAGCACAGUGAACAAACUACAUAUCCCAGGAUUGUCUGGGGGAAGUCAUGUACUUUAAAUGUAUGGUGCUGUAUUCAACGUAGUACUAAGGCGAAUGCAGUAAAAAGCUUUUUUCCUUGUGUGGCGUAGCAUUCUCCAUCUUCUUCCCCAUGUACCCCCUAAAUCUGGUCUGGUGAUUCCUCCGACCCUUUGGAGCAGAUUUGGUAAUGGGCAGAAGAAGAUGGGGAAAUCCUCUUGCACUAGUCAUUGUAUUAGUUUAGUGCCUCCCAGGGUCUCAGCUGCAGCCCUCUUCUUAUAAUUGUUUUCAAACAAUAUUAAAGGGAAUAAUUCACUUUAUUAUUAGAAUAAAAAUCACAAUGUUGUACACCUAUUUCAGCAUAUAACCAUCUAUAGCAAUAUUAUGACUGUUUUACAUGGGAGUAACAAGCAGUUUAUGGGGCAAUUUCUAAUACAACUGUAUGGCAUCCCUUAAUGAAGGUCUGUUCACAUCUUGCAACACAUGAAUCCAAAUAUAGGAACAUAGGAAAUCUGACCACUGGUCCAUCUAGCUCAGGUGUAGCCAAUAUAAUGUCAUCCAGGUGUGGUGGACCUCCCAUUAAUCCUGACCAUUGGCCAUACUGCCGAGACCAACAUAUGGCAGGCACCACAUUGGCUAUCCCUGGUCUAAUUCAAUAUGGCCUACACUGACAGCAGCCCUCCAGAGAUUCAGAUGGGAUGUCUCCCAGCUCUAAGUUAAGUUGCUAGGGGUUGAAGUUGGCACCUUUCGGCAAGCAAAGCAGAUGCUCGAUGAGUGACCUAUCGCCCUUCACCAAGCAGCUCACAAGCUAUGCAUUGUUCCUUGCCGACUACCUGACAGCUAGCCUGUUCUUGUGCUAUGGCCAGUCAGCAAAAUCAGAAAGGCUGUUAAGCUCCUUGUGGCCUGCACCUGGCUUGAUAGAUUACCAGUGAGACAGGCCAGCCUCAUUUCCGCGGGAGUUGUUGAAAGACAGCAGAUAAACAUUGCAUGUUUCUACCUGCUGUGUUGUUACCACUCAGCUGUUGGGUGGUGUGUGAAGUUGCUACAGAUGUCCUAUGAGCAAUGUUGGAGAACUGAGUCAAAUACACCGAGCAUGUACGGAAACCCAAUUUAAUAAGUUGCAGGUGGAGAUAGGGAGAUCGGAGUAGAGCUUCUUUCUAAGGUGUGCCAGUCACCAGGUGAAGGAAAGAUGGGUGGCAAAUGCAAAGGACAGCAGUAGCCUAGGAGUGAAGUACUCGACUGCAGAAAGGGCUGAUCAGUUUAGAAAUACUGGUGCAUGAUCAUGACAAAAUGUGGUUGUUCUGCUCAGUGUACUCUAGCUGGGGAGAAGAAUGCUUUGUUUUCCAUGUGGCUGUCCUGCAGGUACUUAGUGUGUGGAUAAAGAAAAUAAUGGUGGCUUUCACAGCAUUGACACUGAUAAGGGUACAGGAUGCUUUCUUUGCCAUCCUGGCCUACUUAGCAGUUCAGGAAGGGAGAACAAGCCUCGGCUGAAUUUCUUGUUAGCAGGGACUGGCUUUAGAGUUCCUGCUUUGUUUUCUGGCAGGGCACUUGUGCCUUUAAUUACUAAUGACAGACAAACCCAGCUGGUGUGUCUGUCUCUCCCUUUACUUCAUGGAGGUGCAAUAGCCGGGAAAGCCUUCUCUGGUGGAGCUGUACUAGAAAGCAGCAAUGACCAUUGUGGAUUUGAAGUUCCCUUAUGAGUGUUGUUGCAAACAGCUUUCAGGAAUUUGAAUUAUUGGCCUCUUCUACCAGGUAAUUUUAAAAUUUGGAGCCCUGGGUAUUACCUCUGAAAAGUGUGUGCUCCAAUGAAUGUAAAGUUUCAGUGUGCUCAAGUCCGAGAUAAAUACUAGGUGUGUUUAUCUGUGCAUUUGCAGCCUGUUUGAGUCACUCUGUGUGUUAUCCCUUUGAUCUGCAAUUCAGCUCCUGUGUAACUCUAUAUAAAAUAAAACCACUGUGUUUCCCUAUUCAGUAUAACAGGAAAUCUAAAAAAGGUUAUAUCCUUUUCUCCUUUUGGCCAAAGUAGAUGAAAUUUAUGGGCACAGGAGCCCCUUCAAAGUGGUUUAAACAUACCAAAUUGCAGGGUAAUUGGUCCAGGGCCUUUUUGUUGCAACACCCACUGUGGGAGGCUUGGGAGUUUGUUUCUGCUCUCUUACCUUAAAAUAACGAAGUAGCCAAUUGGUGUGUAUUCUUGCUUGUACAUUUUUUUAAAAAACUUUGCAGUUUCAUGCCAGCCUUUCUUUCUGGUGGUUGUUUGGGAGCCAGUGUGGUGUAGUAGUUAAGAGCAGUGGACUCGUAAUCUGGUGAACCAGGUUUGCUUCCCUGCUCCUCCACAUGCAGCUGCUGGGUGACCUUGGGCUAGUCACACUUCUCUGAAGUCUCUCAGCCCCACUCACCUCAGAGUGUUUGUUGUGGGGGAGAAAGGGAAAGGAGAUUGUUAGCCGCUUUGAGACUCCUUAAGGGGGGGUGAAAGACAGGAUAUCAAGUUCAAACUCCUCCUCCCAGUAGGCUUUACAGGCCUUCAGAUAAGUUUUUACACUUUUCUGAUGGACCUUACAAUGUGUCUAGAAUGCCCUCAUACAGAUGUAACUUUAUCUUAGUAAGAUUUCAUAGCCAGGUAAGACACUUGCUGGUCCUGUCAAAAUUUAGGCCUCCUUUUGAGCCUUUUAUAUAGCUAAAGUUUUCAAGCCUGGGUAGAGUUCUAAAGUCCGACUUCCACGAGACUCCAUGACUCUGAAGGCGGAUCAUUUAUUAAUGUGAUUCACUGACUUCAUAGCUCUGGCUCACUGGAAGCAUUCCUUUCCUGUUUUAUCUAAAGGUUGAUACAGAACUAUAGUCACUGAUGAGCUCAUGACAACAUCAUCAGCUGCCUGUAUAAAAAGUCAGAAAUGCAGAAGGUUGAGAUGGCUUUCUCGAGAAAUUACAGUGGGCCUUGGGACCUGUUAUUCUGACUCCUACCACUUUCAUUCCUAUAGUAACAGAAGGCCUACAGUCUCUUCUCCUGUGUUCUGCUCUAAUGAACCACUACCAUUUUUUAAGAGUGGGGUAGCUCAUUGGGGUGUCUUCUAGAUGAUGUUGUACUCCAACUCCCAUAAUCUCCAGCCAAUGGCCAGGAAUGAUGGGAAUUUCAGUCUAACAACAUCUGGAGAGCAUCAGAUUGGCAACCAGCCCCGGGUUUAAGAGUAUACCCUCUACCUUUUAGCUCUUGGUGUUGGAUCCUGUCAUUUGACAGUCUUCCCACAACCCCAGGCCUGGGAUCUACCUAUGGCUGAACUUGAACCUGCAGCUAAGCUUGCCAGCCUCUCAGCUGGCCACUGUAGCUGUGUCUCUUAAACUGGGUCACAACAGGAGCAUGACCACCAUGCAAUUAUAUGAUAAAAGAUUAAGAAAUGGUUCCUCAAAUACAUGUUUGGGUUAAAAGUGGGCCCUGGAUCUGAAAAGGUUGAAGAUGACUGUUCUAGGGUACUCUGCUGGAAGUUCACAAAUAUACCGUUCUGCCACAAAUGCAUGUUGCUUUCUUUAUGGGUGCAAACUGCAGGCCUCUGAUGGCUUUGUCCAGCAUGGAGAUCUAAGAAAAGAGCCCCUGCUGCUGACUUUUGCUUGUCCUGCAGUUGCCUAUAACCCAGGACCCUGCCCACAACAAUGUAGUAACAUGUGUGAUUUUACACAAUUGUGCACAUGCACACUAUUUAUGAAUGCUUUCCAAAGCUGCCCUCAAGACUUUAGGUGAGCAUAACUGUUGAGGACAGAGAGGGGAGCUCUAACAGUUUCUGUGCUAUGGGCUGUGAGCUUGCCUGCAUAGCUGCCAAUUAAAUUGCACCAAAGAAUGCUCAGCUCAGCAGGUUACUGUGGCAAGGGGACUGUCUCAUGACCUUCUCUCGGCUCUGAACAGCAUGGAGCUGACAGAGGCAAUGAAGUUUCCAGAGUCAGCCAGGGCCCCUUCCCCCUGCCUCUCUAGGAAUCACUUUAUCCUUGAUAUUUGCAGGAUAGGAAAGGUAAACACCUGCAGCUCUUCUGCUGUCUGCUUAGAAAGAGAAGCCUGGUUCUCAUGCUGGCUCAGUUUGGCUCAGUGUAGAUUCCAGAGGGCCUUAUGAGAUGCUUGGGAGCAAGAUCAGCUCUCUCAAAUUGCUCAGCAGAGGUGGGUUUCUUUCUAGGGAGGGAGGCAAUGUGAAACUGCCCCACAUUUGCUGGGUAAGAAGCAGCUUACUUUGCUGUGUGUGUGUGUGUGUGUGUGUGUGUGUGUGUUUGAGAUGCUCUUCAUAUGGCUGUGGGCAUUUCCAUGGGUUCAUGGAUUUUGUGUGUGUGUUCACAUACAGUAAUUGUAUAAUAGUUGCAGUGGAGCAUUCUUUUCCCAACAGCGGAUCACUGUUGUAGGUAAAUGGUGUUUUUUAAGGAUACAAAAGUUUUGCUGCUGGAGGGUGUCUUUUUGUAUUCUGCUUGCUGUGGCUAUUGCAUUCUGAAGUGCUGCAUAUACUUAAUUCAUGGUAGCAUUAAGGAGAAAGAUCCCCAAGUGGAAGCAUUUGGCUGAUAGAAUGACCGCCUCUUCUCCCCCCGAAUUCUGUCCAGGGGUUCUCUCGACCCUCCCAAGUAAGCCCCACUGAGCUUGGUUGGACUCCUGUGUAUCUUACUUCUUGAGACACGCAUUUAGGGUAACACUAGAACACUCUGUAUUUUUUCAGGACACAAGUCAUGUGCCCAGCACUUUGUGUUAGCACUCAUGUAAGCUCCUGCACAAAAAUGGAGGUCAGGGAUGGAGCAAUUGGGCACCAUGGGCAUAGCCAAGGCAGGGCGGGGGGGGGGGGGCUGUUGCCCCCCAAUCAAUAGAAAUACAUAGCAAACUGAGGUUCUGCGCCCCCCCAACAGAAAUCCUGGUCACGCCCAUGACAGGCACAAUCCCAAUUUCUUCUUGACCAUUUCAAAACACUUUGGACAUCAGACCCAGGCUCUAUGUAGUGUAAUGGAGCAGUGUUCAUUUUUAAAUAUUGUGGGACAAUGUGGGUAACAAAUACCCUCUUUUUCCUUACAUCAAUACAUUGCUGACUGUGGCUGAACAAAUGAGCACAGCACACAGGAUGUUACAAAAUACACACUUGUUCUUAUUUUCUUUUAUGGAAUGUUGCAGGGUUGAAAAGUCUAAAUGAGCACUGCUAAAUGACAUUGUGUACCAAAUAAAUCAAGUCCCUGUGAUGUUACUUCCUCCCCAGUGACCAUUUAUAGAUUGUCAAGUGAGAGCCAUUUGAAAAAGAUGAACUCACAAAAGGGGCAGAAACACACAGAGACAUUAUUUAGAGUUUGCUUUCAAUGAGGCUCUUUAAUAAGAAAUGGAAAUGUCAGGACCUUGGUGUCCAUUAGUAACUGUUGGGGGAAUAAACUGCUGCCAGAUGACAUCCUUGAGAAUCAGUCAUAGAAUUGCAGAGUUGAAGGAAACCUCAAAGGUCAUCUAGUUUUCCACAAUGCAGGAAAUGCGCUGCUCCAGCAUCCCUGGUAGGUAACUAUUCAGCCCUUUGGUAAAUGGUCUUGACUUGCUCUGUGUUAUCACGCCUUUAAUGGCUGCUUUGUUGUAGUAUAUCUCAUCGUGAGGAAAAGAUUGUGUGCGCAAGUGGGUGACCUGAGACCCAAGGAUUUGAAUGAAGAUGAAUAUUGCAUCUUUGAUGUACAAGUAGCACUACGCUUAAUUUGACUGUGCCAGUUCCUAUGAAAUAAUUCCAUGCGGCCACUUCAUACCAAAAAGAAAGUAAGCCAUUUCACACACUGAAGGAUAACUGAAGUAUUUUUGAACUGCGAUUGGAUGUCGAGUUAUUAAAUCAGUUGCCAAGAUGAUUCUAUUCCUACAUGAUGCCUUAUUUUAGCACUGGAUUAUUAUUUUAAUUGUACAUCUUAUUACCUAUUAAUUGGGAAUGGUGGUUUACCUUAAUGUUUCCGCAUGAAUUGGCAGUGGUAAGUCUCUGGUUCCAUUUGUGGGCAACUUCCUAUGUACCAGUGACUUUUAUGCUACCAUCUCUCUUCACUAGUUCCCCCAUUCAUUUUUAGAUGAAAUUAAAUUGUUGUAGAUGGCUGCUCAUAUCAGAGAGAGCAUUAUGUUUCCUAUGUAAUGGGUGUUAGGAGUAAGAGUGGUGGUGGGCUGACUUACUCCUGAUUCUACAGGGAGCCCCAUGGAGGAUGCCGCAUAUUUUCCUGCCCCAUAGCUCUUCCACUUGUUCCACAUACAGUCAAGGUCAAAGCAGUUCUUUGUCCAUUUUGCUAUAGACUGUAAUAACGACUAAGGCUUCUGCCUAUGCUGUCCAUUAUGUGUUUUAUGUAAAAUAAGCUUGUAAUGACAUCUUCAGUGUAAGAAGAGUGCAUCAUGAUUACUUAAUUUGCGUAGGUGUGUAGUGUACUGGCACAGCCAAGGGGCAUCAGUGCAUGGUUACUAUAGACAUCUGAAGUCUUCUUAAUAACUCCUCGUGACUUAAUUACAUGGUUCAAAGCCUUUCCCAUGAAUAACGCGAGUGCACACCGGGUGACUCAUAUAAAAAACAAAGUUGUAACAUUGAUCAACACUGGAAUUGCUCGCUCUGCCGAGGUGCAAGUUUCUUCAAGUAUUCUGUACGUUCCUGAUCUUAAUUUCUCGGAUGUCAGGGAUGAAAACUCAGCUAAUGAGCAAGGCUGCCACAUUGGUUGAAUUGAAUGGAUUAAUAUAUAUAUAAAAUUUAAUUGACUAGAAAGGUGCCCUUGAUUAAAAUUUUACAAACAUAAAAAAAUAGAAGGCCAAAGGGCAUUUCCCGUUUCUCUUGCAUAGGCAGACAUGCCUUUUCCUGCGAUACCUGCUAUGACAUUUGUGUGCAUCCUCUAAAAUCAAAUUGUGCUGCUUCAGAACCAAUGUUUUACCUAUAUGUAAAUUUCAUCAAUAAAACUGAUUUAUCAGCUAAAACCCAUAUAAUUAAUUGGUUGGCGAAACAGUUGCUGAAUGUUCAUUUCUGGGGUGUCUGUUAAAAAUCUCAUGCUUAGAGAUAGGGCAUUGGAUCUAGGCAGAAAAUAGAAGCUAGCAUAGGUACAUCAGUCCACUACCCCUAGCCAAUGAAUCUUCACUUUGCUGAGUAGCAGGCAUGCUGAUUCUCCUUAGGGAGCAAGGGGCCCACAGAAGUGGUUCUAAUUCUGUCUCUUUCCAUUGCAAUGCUUCAGAGACACCUAGGAAUAUUAGUUAGGGACACAUGUAUUAUUUCUAACCCACUUGCUGGUUCUGUAUCCUGAAAGCAGAACUAGACAUUACAAGGGAAGCACAAGAUUCCGAAACUUGAGUUUGCCUCUUAACACCAAAAUGUUUGUGGGAGAUACUUGCAUGGGAGAAUUGAGUAAGAGCGGGUGCUUAGAUGUUCUCCUACCUAGUCAUUCUACCCUGAUCAUUUGUAUUAGUCUAUAAAUAGUGUUUAGUGCCAUUGUUAUUGGCCAUAGUGUUGUGUUAUAUUGUUCAGCUAGUCAUUCUACCCAGCAGGUGUGGCCCAACUGGAUUUAAACCUCUCUACACACCCAGUGGCUCUUAAAAUGGAAAAGUAGCCUGUCCGGGAAGAUGGCUUAGGAGAAACUAUUUGGUUUCUCUAUUAUAAUCAUGUAUCUGUUGGCUCCGUGGCAUUUGCAACCUCUUGUUUUCAGGAAGCCAUUAUUCAUAUGUCACUGAUGAUAUCCUUCUUACCAGCUGAAUCUCCUAGUUAUCUUGGGUGACACAGAACCCUGGAAUCAGUAACUUCCGAUGUGUAAAAUCAUCCAUCAUGCAUUCCGUAGAAUGAGUUUAGGAAGCAGGAAAGCCUAAUAUGUCUGCUUUCAUUGGUGGUGUCCUUAGGCUUCAGGAGUCAUAUCACAAUGGCUGACUAUAGAUGACUGUUUGCCAAGUGGUAACUGCCCACACUGCAAACUUUAUAAAAUUAGAGCUGGGACGUGGCUGAACUUCCAGAUCCUUCUCAGAACAGAUAGUAACAUAUACAACACAAAGUAGUCCAGAAAUGGCAUAACACCUCCUUUGGAUUCAAGGUGCCAUAUACUAAAAGUUGCUGACCUUUUUGGACCUAUGGGUACAUUUUGAAUUUUGGAAGAGUGCUGGGGGUGCCGGUCCUAAAAUGGCUUUCAUGGGGAUAAAGCAUAACCCAAAAUUGGCUGUUAUGGAGAGCACAGCAUAGCAAAAUUAGAGAGGCAACUAUCCCUGACAACUUCAUCCUUGCCAUAGGAAGUCAGUUAUGCCCUGAUUGUGGGAGAUUACAGAAUACAGAUUAUUCUCAUCCCCUCCCUCUCGCUCUCCCGCUCUCUCUGUGAUGGUGUUACUGUCUAAUAACAGGGAGCAUUCCUUAGUACCAGGAAAAAUAUACAUCACUGUCACUCUUAUGUCAGAUAAACUGGUUAGAAGGUAUGUGCACAUUUUGCCCCGUAGCUUUCUUUCUAGGAGGCUAGAGACAAAGGGCGUAUCCACAUUUAUCUUCUGCCUCGCUCUUUCCUGGCAGAGGUCUGCACUGAAACACUCUGUGUCCAAGGGCAUUGUUUUCGCCCAAGAAUUUUCCCUGCAAAAACCCUCUCUCUAUUGCUCAUUCAGAGCAAAUGUCUAUUCAGGUUUUCCACAAAUUGCCGUUUGCUCUGAUUGAGCUUUAAAGAGCAGGUUUUCACAAGGAGACCUCCCAAGGAAAGGGUGCACAGACACAGACCUUUGAAGUGUGGACCGUGCCUGGAAAGAGGAGAGGAAGGGUAAGUGGGGAUAAGUCAUUACUUCUUUUUCUUAAAAUGGAAGCUCGGAGUCUGUGGGACCUGCCCAGUGAUACCAGUGGAAGCAUUCCUAGACAACAAGGCAUCCAUGGGAUGGGGACCCUGUAUUACAUGAUUAUUCGAAAAAUUUAAAAAAUCUGUCUCUUCCUUCUUUCUGUUUGUAGUCUCGGACAAUGAACUAUGUGGGGCAGCUCGCUGAAACGGUGUUUGGCACUGUGAAGGAGCUGUAUAAGGGCCUGAACCCAGCCACCCUGACAGGCUGCAUUGAUGUCAUUGUGGUGAGGCAACCAGAUGGCUCCUUCCUCUGUUCACCUUUCCAUGUGCGCUUUGGGAAGCUACGUGUUCUGCAUUCCAGUGAGAAAGUGGUAAGUGACACUUGAUGUGUGUUGACAAGGACUAAUAUGCUUGAAGAUCAAGGAGGUCAAAUGUGGAAACUACCAAAUUCCACCACAACGUCACAACGUUAUGCUUAGUAACCUUAUUGUUGCAGGAUAUGGGUUAUGGAUUAUUGCUGGGAAGCUGAUUUUGUUUUUGGCAUCUACUAACAACUUUUUAGUCCCAGCAAGGCUAUCCAGGCAGGUGAUUUUAGCAGCCAUGAGUGUUUUUAAAUUACUAAUUUUAUUUUGUAUGUAUUUUUUUAGAUCUUUAAAAUAUUUGCUUUUUAUUGGUAUUUUAAAUGUGUAUUUUAGACAGCAUUGCAAACCACUUAGAUGUAUAUAUCACUUACUAUUUUACUAAAUAAAAAAAUGAGUAACUUGUGUGGGGGAUGCCCAUUCAUACAGUCUUUUCAGCACAAAACCAUAUGGAUUACUGGUCUUGUGACAUUUGAGCAAAUUUAGUAAUCUGUGUACAGUACUGCCAUGCUAAAAAGAUUGUAUGAAUGGGCCAUAGUUUUCAAGUGCCAUUCAGAACUUCAGACUUAUCUCACAUUAUAGAUUGACUAUUGGUUAAAAAUUCUCUAAACAUGCCUGCCAAAUAGGAAAAGUUGAACUUCCAUUAACCCUUGAGCCCAAAUUUGUUACCUGUCCAGUCGUCUCCUGUGAGACAUAUGGGAAGCCACAAAAGCACAAUUUAGAAACACACUGGUCCAAGGUCACAUUGGCUCAAACAACAUAACCAGUACAUUUCCGAGCACAAGUCAAAGUGUUGGUGCUGACCUUUAAAGCCCUAAACAGCCUCAGCCCAGUAUACCUGAAGGAGUGUCUCCACCCCUAUUGUUCUGCCCGGACACUGAGAUCCAGCUCCAAGGGCCUUCUGGCGGUUUCCUCACUGUGAGAAGUGAGGUUACAGGGAACCAGGCAGAGGGCCCUCUCGGUAGUGGCACCCACACUGUGGAAUGCCCUCCCAUCAGAUGUCAAGGAAAUAAACAACUAUCCGACUUUUAGAAGAUGUCUGAAGGCAGCCCUCUUUAGGGAAGUUUUUUAAUGUUUGAAGUUUUAUUCUGUUUUUAAUGUUCUGUUGAAAGCCACCCAGAGUGGCUGGGGAAACCCAGCCAGAUGGGUGGGGUAGAAAUAAUAAAUUAUAUUAUUAUUAUUAUUAUUAUUAUUAUUAUUAUUUCAUUUUAUUACCAGUUUUACAGCGGAGGUGGGUACUUGUCAUGCAUCCUGCUGAGGGCCAUUUUUGAAUUGGACCUGUGUUCUGCACAAUGCAGCCAAGUGAUCUGUAUUGCGCAAAGAUGUGCCUGCUGUGUGGGGAGAUGAGCUUGCUUGUUGCUUUAUCUCAUGCCACAUUGUUCCUGACCUUUUAAAAAUAUAUAUACACAAUGAGGUACAACAUGUACUUCAACCUUUCCACUGGCUUCCUGCAAUUUCAAAUCUGCUAUGCUCAUUGGUGACGAUGGGGUUUAAGUGAAGCAUAAUAUUUAUGAAAGGAAAUGUGACUAAGUGUAUUUUCUCCCUUGUCUGUGACCAAAGUCCUGUUAAUGUAGGGGGUAGGGGACAAAAUGGAAGCAUGGGCUGCUAAAGAGGGUUCAUGAUGGAGAAAGGCUAGUUUUAUGGCUUGGACAGAUGAGGUGCUUUCUUGGACGCUAGAGGCAGUUGUUCAUUUGGAAAGCAAGCCCCCAUUUAAAUUAGAAUUAUAUCACUGGAAUGUGCUGUGUCAAAGUUCUCACAGUAAAACCAGGCCUGCAGCCAGGCUGAUCUUUUUUUAAAAAAGAAAGAAAAGAAACAGGCCGGACUGUUUUUCUUUCACUUAGCCUGAAAAAGUCUAGCAUGUACAAUUAUGAAUUUGCAUGUGCAUGUGUUUCGACUGAGAUUAUAAACUAAGCAGUGCCUGGUUUAAUUUUAUUCUCUUGCUAUAAAAAGCAGUAACUCAUAGCAAAGUUGGUGAGGUAACAUUACACAAUUCCAUGCUGUGCUGUUUAUGCACUAAUCUAAUAUGUGUUUAUGAAUAACCUGCAUGAAAAUUCAUUUUUAGAAAUGAAAAAUGAAACCGUUCAUCAACAUCUAUCAAAAUACAAAUUUCUCUGUUGUAUCGUCUUUCACAAUGUGCAUUUUAAAAUGAUUUUGAAUGUGUUUGUUAAUUAACUGCACUAUAUUUGCAUGUCAUCCCAAUGCAUAAAGUUCCCUGUGUGGUUUAUUGUUUUUUGAGCUGAAGCACUGGAAUAUUUUGGAAGUGUGAAAGGCAGGGGAUAAGUAUUCCUCACAAUGCUGAUGAGGUCAGUUUGGUCUUGGAAUUCACAAAGAUCAAAUUCCUCAUACAUCUCUAAGUCCCAGAUAUGGAAAGCGGUUAGAAUGCUUUUUGUGUUCACUUCACCAUUGACUUUUCUGGGAUUGCUUCCUAGGCUAAAAACAAUUAACCUUCUUUUUUUUAGGUUGACAUUGAAAUUAAUGGCGAGCCAGUCAAUCUGCACAUGAAGCUGGGUGACAAUGGAGAAGCCUUUUUUGUCCAGGAGUCAGAGGAACGCAAGGUGGGAAGAUAGUAACAUUAGAAAAGACAUUAAAAACUACCCCUCAACUUUUCAGCUUCCAAAUAGACUACACUGAAGGCUGGUUGUUUUCCCAAUACUCCUUUGCCUGCCUUCUCACUCCUGAAGUCCUCAUCACUAGUUUUAGGGUAGUGCGGGCGGUUUUCCUGCACAGGGCAACAAGCACAGGGGGCACAAAAUUGAGAAGAUCCAUUUAGGGGUGUCAUUUUUUUGCCUCACACAGAGCACCAUAUGACAAAAAGAUUACCCAAGUCCUUGGCCAUGCCUCUCAACAAUCUGGAUAAAUUCCUCCUGAUAAAUUCCACCUAUAUCUCAGACCAUAAUCCACUGGAUUUCUUGUCUUGCUUUUAAUUUUUUUUGCUAGUCCAGUGCUUGGCCCUUUCUUGGGUCACAUUGAAAACACACUGCUUUCCCUCCCCCAAAGGAUCCUGGGAACUUUACCCAUCAGAGUUACAAUUCCUCUAACAAAUUACAUUUUGGGGGAAAGCAAAUUUGCAGGUGUGAUCUUGGUAACCUCCUGCAACAGGGUUUUUCUGUUCUAUUCCUCGAAACCACUACAAUGUGUGCGAAGUUGGCCCUGAGAAGGCCCUGAUUCUCUGGAGCAUAGCAAAUCAAUACCAUCUGCAUAUAUUUACUCAUUUUAGAUAUAUUUUGUCUGUUUUAGCUAGUUUCUGAAGCCCUGUUCUCUUGAAAUCGGACAACUCUAUCCGCCUUUUGAGACUUUGCCAGGCACUUCUUCUGGCUCAUUCAACAAGAAGUGAUCACAUUUCAAUAGAUGUCCAAAGCUUUGUAUGAAAGAGAAGCUUCUCUUCAGGGGAAAAAGUUCAUGAGAAAAAAGUUCAUCUAUUAAAUGGAUCCUCAGAGAAACGUGCUCUGAAGCCCAUCAUAAUUCUCUGCUGAAAUUUUCUGGGUCCCGAAUUCUGACUUUGUGGCACUGUAUAGUAGGCUUCCUGUAUUUCUAAGCUCACUCAGAGAGGUGGAGCAGCUGAUAAAGUAUUUUAUAGAUGUCUUUCGGCUGUUCAUUACCAACAAUGUAAACUAGGAGGGGCAGCUUUCAAGCAAUGACCCACCCCCAUGUAUGUUCAUUGUCCCCUAAUGAAUACAUGAAAAAAGUUGAAGUUAUCCUCUUUUUCCCCUCUCUCUGCACUCUAUUCAUUUGCUAUCCUCACUACCUGUUUCUAUAUCCUGGGGUUUUUUCACUCUCUGGCAGUAAUAGUAGUCCAAGAAUUUGGUCCUACAACAGUGGCCAAAAAAGGAAGGAAGGGCCUUUCUUAAAAUGCCCCUGCCUUUUUAUCACUAACUUCCCAUCAUGCCAAAGUUCACCAUAACAAAUGAGAGAAGCAAUUCUGACUUAAUAGCCUGUGUACCUCAAUCCCUGGGAUGAAGCAAGGAAUGGGACUUCAAAUUCUUCCUGCACUGGUCUCCCAGAUAGAUCAUAAAGCCUGAUACUCCUUUGCAUUUGACACUGAGGGCUCAUCCAGUCUUUCUUUUGCAUUGUGCUUUCCAGGUCUGUGUCCAAGUGGGCUGUUUUUUGUUUUUUUGUCUUUGUCCUUACAUCUUUCCCUGGGAAAACCUGCUGAUUACCACUGAAUCAGAACAAUCAGGGUUUUUGCAGAUUGACACUUGUUCCAAUUCAGAGCCUGUUGUAGUUGUUUAGUCAUUUAGUCGUGUCCGACUCUUCGUGACCCCAUGGACCAGAGCACGCCAGGCACUCCUGUCUUCCACUGCCUCCCACAGUUUGGUCAGGCUCAUGCUGGUAGCUUCGAGAACACUGUCCAACCAUCUCGUCCUCUGUCGUCCCCUUCUCCUUGUGCCCUCAAUCUUUCCCAACAUCAGGGUCUUUUCCAGCGAGUCUUCUAUUCUCAUGUGGUGGCCAAAGUAUUGGAGCCUCAGCUUCAGGAUCUGUCCUUCCAGUGAGCACUCAGGGCUGGUUGCUUUAAGAAUGCAUAGGUUUGAUCUUCUUGCUGUCCAUGGGACUCUCAAGAGUCUCCUCCAGCACCAUAAUUCAAAAGCAUCAAUUAUUCGGCGAUCAGCCUUCUUUAUGGUCCAGGUCUCACUUCCAUACAUCACUACUGGGAAAACCAUAGCUUUAACUAUAUGGAUCUUUGUUCAGACAUGCGCUUGGAAAAGCACUGGAAAGCACAGCACAAAAGAAAGUCAGAAUGAGCCCUAACACAUAAAUUUACAAUUUUAUCCAAGGUUUAUCUUUGUUUGUUUCUAUGGAUUUAUACCUAGCAUUCAAUGAAAUGAUCCCCGAGGUAUAUUACAAGAGAUUGCAAUAACAGAUGCACAUCAAUAGCCCUUACUCCUCAAGUCAAUAUAUGGGGUCCUGAGUGUUCUUCAUUUCUACUGCAUAGUCUCAGAGCAUCAUACCAUUAAAGCCAAAUGUUCUUUCUGGUGGAGAUGAGUGGGGGAGAAGGCUCCCUGCAGCUGCUCUUUCAUUGGCUGAUGAGGCAUGGAGUCAGGCUGUUCUUCCCCUUGCUGUGAUGAUUGUUUCCUGGGAGGGAGGAGUUUCAACCUCCCAGCAUUCCUUUGACUCCUGACCAGUUGUAGAGGCCACAGUGCAUUCUCCUUCCGUUUGCCAUUCUAGGUAUUGAUUUGCCUGGUUUUAUAGUAGCCACAAGGAACCUGUGGCCCUCCAGAUGCUGCUGAACUACAACUCCCAUCACUUCUGACUGGGGUUGAUGGGGAGUGAAGUUCUACAACAUUGAGAGUCACAGGUUCCCCGUUUCUGCUUUAUAGUUUAAUCGGCUCCUAACUUGGGUCAGAGGUUGAGCCUUUUUGUGUGCGCCCCUCCCCUUGUUCCAGGAGAGCAUCCCCACUUCCAUGUGCACAUCUCCCAUCCCACUGGAGAAAAAUGCAGAGCCUGUGUCCAGAUCGUCCAGCUUGCAUGGAAACCCUGAUGUCUUGGGCUCAGAAGCAGCCCUUCGCAAGAAAAGAUGGCGCAAGAAGAAACCAAAGAAGAGGGAGUCACUGGGAGACUCCACUUCAGAAGAAGAAGAAGGAGGGACUGAAAGUGAGAAAUCUCUGGAGGAGAAGCGGAAGCUGUUGACUUCCAAGUAAGUAGGUUGUAACCAAAACUUGGAUUGCCAUCAUGUGUUGAAUUGCUGCAAAGGCCAGCCAUCAUUGGUAUUUGCACCAGCUUUGCAGCUGUGCAAUACAUUUUGUUGUUUUGCUGCUUUGCUGCUGGGAGUUCAGGGGUUGGGCAGGAGAGCAUUUACUGGGGCUAGACGACUGUUUAAAGCUCCUUAGUAGUCAGAGGUCAGGUGGGGCAGAUGCAUCUUUUUUAGGAAAUUACAGUGAAAGGGAGUGGCACAGCCCUGCAAUGCCAGUAUAUAAGGGGUAACCUGAGAAAGUGCUCUCUCAGCACAAAAUUGAUUAUAAGCAGUGCUUUUUUCUGGGGGUACGCAUACCCCUAAACAUUUUGUGAAUCUAAGUUUGGCCUCAUUGAGGGGAAGUAUUUCAAUAUGAGUAGGAAAAUGAGAGUACUCCUAAACAUUUUUAAGGGGGAAAAAAGCACUGAUUAUAACCAUAUAAGAAUGCGCUUUUUAUUGACAAAUGGCAUGGGACAGGAACAACAUGAGGAUAAUGCUGUGUUUGUACAAUGCCAUCAAAAGUCCCCUGCGCUGAAUGUACAGUAUAUUAUCACACAUUGUGUGCACACUCUAAAUUUAAUUGUCAAACUUCAUAGCCCUAUUAGAAGGUUAAGCUGAGAGAAAAGGAAACACACAGCUUUUUUACAGUGUAAUGAUUACAACAUUUGCGGGGUCUUUCCUUGGGAUAUCUGUGUGACUAAUUGGUUCGUAUUUUGCUUGUCAGAACAGUAAGGGUACUCUCUAGGCUACUGAUCAUGUGCUAUGUUUGCUUUGUAGAAAAAAGUAGUAAUUGAGCACAUCCUACUUUUCUCUUGACAUCAUUUAGACUGUAGAGUCAUAGGUGGUUUACGCAUUGCCAUGCCGAUGAAUUUCCCCAUAUGGUAUCUCAGAACAUACUGGGUGAUCACCCAAGAUUAAUGUCAAGAAACUAUAACAGGCUAUGUGGUUUUGUUUUAGAGGUCUGUCCAAAUUCCCCAUACAGUGGUACCUCGGGUUACAUACACUUCAGGUUACAGACUCUGCAAACCCAGAAAUAGUACCUCGGGUUAAGAACUUUGCUUCAGGAUGAGAACGGAAAUCGUUCUGCGGCAGCGCAACAGCAGCAGGAGGCCCCAUUAGCUAAAAUGGUGCUUCAGGUUAAGAACAGUUUCAGGUUAAGAACUGACCUCCAGAAUGAAUUAAGUACUUAACUCAAGGUACCACUGUAAUUAUUUGGAAGACUGGAAAUGUGGCUUGAAAGCAAAAACAUGAACUUCCCAUGUCAUGGCUGCAUAGAAGAAAUACAUGCAAAAAACUUGCAGAUGACAUGCUCUGAGUUUGCAUUCUGCCGUGGGAGUAAUGCUAAGUCAAUGUAAAACAGAGCCAUGCAAAUAGGGCCUAUGGAGACACUUCAGCACUCAGUUAAGAACUAUUUAUUUGUCAUUGUACCUAAUUUUCCUUGUAAUGUUCCUUACCAGCAACACAAUGUAUUACUCGUUCACUGACACUCAGAAUGAAGGAGCUGGAGCUCUGCAACCUAAAGAAGCUUAUCCCUAUUCUGAUGGAGAGCUAGCUCCCCUACAGAGGUCAGUAUAUGAUGCAGCAGAGAGCCAAAGGCUAAACUGUUUAAAAAAGAAAGGUCCAAAAGCCCAGGUGUUAAUACAGCCCCUUGAGCACAUGUGAAAAAGCUGUUUGGAAGUAGAGUGAGAUAUUCCAUUAGCCUGGCCAGAAGCAUGGGAGUCCAAAUGUUAUACCCUCCCACAAGAAGUACUGAUGGCCACCAACUUGGAUAGCUUUAAAAGAGGGUUAGAUAAAUUCAAGGAGGAUACAUCUCUCUAGCCACAAUGACUAUGCUAUGCUGCCAUGGUCAAAGGCAGUAAUGGUUAGCUACUCAGGGCCUUAUUUAUGUGCCACUGGGGUGCAAAGAUCCACACAGUGCCCCCAAAUUUAGUUUAAAAGGUAAAGGGGCCCCUGACCAUUAGGUCUAGUCGUGACCGACUCUGGGGUUGCGGCAUUCAUCUCUCUUUAUUGGCCCAGGGAGCCGGCAUACAGCUUCCGGGUCAUGUGGCCAGCAUGACUAAGCCGCUUUUAGCAAACCAGAGCAGCACACGGAAACGCCGUUUACCUUCCCACUGGAGUGGUACCUAUUUAUCUACUUGCACUUUGACGUGCUUUCGAACUGCUAGGUUGGCAGGAGCUGGGACCGAGCAACGGGAGCUCACCCCGUCGCGGGGAUUUGAAUCGCCAACCUUCUGAUCGGCAAGUCCUAGGCUCUGUGGUUUAACCCACAGCGCCACCUGCGUCCCAAAUUUAGUUUAGCCACCCCCUUAUUAACUUUUAUUGAACUCAAACUUGUUGAGCUUUUUUUGGGGAGGGGAUUGCUCACUUGUAACAAUGACGCAGCAGGAAAAACUGCUUUUCUUUCCUGAGUUGUUGGGAAUAUUUGACACUACGGAGUAACAGAGCGACCGGGAGGGACCGGUACACAUUCGGCACCCCCGGUUAAAGAUGGCCCUGUAGCUACUGCAAGUGCAGGAUGCUGGGCUGUUGGCCUGAUCCUGCUGGCUCUCCUUAUGUUAUCCUGAUGAGUUUCAGGUCAGGAGAACUGCUUGGGACGAGAAAUGCCUUGGGCCAAGCCCUUUUUCCUUUUGCCUGAUGCCCUGCCCCUGCUUGCCCCAGUAGACUUCUCCACAACAGCUAGUAAAAAGUGUUUGCUUUUAUCUUCUUUUUACAGCCUUCCUCCAAACUGCGCAUCAGCCCCGAAAAGUGACUCUGAGUUGGAGAUCCGAAAUCCUGAAAUGCCACUUUGCUCUGAAUCACACAUGCAGUGGUCAUGGGGAAGGUUGCCUGAGGUGAGUGUGGUUCGAAAGGGAACUCUGGUGUGCACUACUUUGUGUAUUUCAUAUGCUACUUUUAGCCUUAGCGAUAUUGUUUCUAACUAAAUUGCCCUUGCCAAACUGGGAAAGUGUAAUUCCUACUCUAGAAACAAUAUUUAGAUGCUUUGAGUGCCUUUUGGGCCCCUCUGCUUUGUGAAUACAGUAUUUACUUUGAUGUGUAAUCUGUAGUGGAAGAGAGGUAUUCUUCAAAAGACUUCUAUUACAAAGUGAUCUAAGCAAAAGGGUACCAUUUACAAUGGCUGCAUAUGUGAUUGUGUGGUUUUUUUUGCAAACCACAUGAUUCUUCCUCAGGAAUCCCUUAUUUCUGAUGGUUAUUAGAGAUGAAUAAAUUUCUCAUUUUCCUUCCACUGUGGCUCUUGGGUCCUCCUUUGUUUGAGUUCUAGUAAGAGUUAUCUGUUUUGAAAUGUCAUAAAUUGAUUAUGCACACUGUUUUUUAUUGUUAUUACAAACAAAAAAUCCCAAUCAUUUGUGCACCCACACCUACCCCCCCACUUGUGGAAGCCAUAGAAAUCACAGAUUUCUAUCUAGCCUCAGUCACAUAUCUAGCCUCUGAAAACAAUCCUGCAUUUCCUCUUUUUGUGCUGUUUUGUGAUCCAAACUCAAGACAUUUCUCCUCCUUUAAGGUGAGCAAAUCUGACAGAGUAGAAGCAGCAAAGUCUGCCGCAAGUGUCUCCAUGACAGCAGCCAUUACUCCAGCAGCAACCAUUCCUGUAGGUGAGACGACUCACUUCACUGCCAUUACACCAGACUCAGAAAGUGACCUUGAGAUGGAAGACUCUGAUGAAGCAUCGUGUUCUCCAGCCGCUCCUGUAGUUAGGCCGACACCUGUCUUUCCUUCUGGAAAUGGCCUCCCAGUGAGUGAAGAGACCCGUUCUUCCAUUCAACCCAUUGGCAGUGCUCUACAAACUACUCCCGGCCUUUCAAGUGAUAUGCAAGUCCUAGCAACUGCUGCAGAGAAUGAAGGAAUAGCAUCAGUUGAGGAGAUUAUUGAACCAAUUUUGGAUGUGGAAGCGCCAUCCUUAAGGAAAGCUAGUUUGACAAACCCAGAGCCCUGCAGCAGCCCAGAGUUGAAACAGGAGAAGAGAAGGGGUAAGACAAGUUUGAAGACAUGUAAAAGGCGUGCAAAAUGGGAGCUAUGACAAAAUGUUACAUCUUAUCCCCACCCUCCCUAAAAGAGUGUUUCUGCUUAUGGCUCCAACCUGGAACAAAAGAUUCAUAGUUCUAUCUGCAGUUCACAGACAGGACUUUUUGUUGUUGUUCCUACUCCUAAAACUGUCACCCCCUGUGUUAUAUCACUGAAUACAGCUUGGGACUAACUCUGCCACCAUAUAGCUUGCUUUGUGUGUAAUGUUCUGGAGGGGAACUUUUGCUUUUUUAAUGGAAAACAACGGUGUGCAUUUCUCCUCCCUCCCUUAACCUUAAUGCUCACCUCCAGUAUAUUGUAAGCUGCUAUUGAGCUAGCCAAGGAAACAAUGAAGAAACUGGACAACGGCUCAUUCACCUGUUUUGUGGAUUUUUUAAAAAAGUAUUUCUUUCAAUUUACAGUUUUGUUCAUAUCUAGGGAGUCCCUGAAGUAUGUACAAACCACUUGACUUAUUUCUGAACCACCCAUUUUGGUUCCUAAAUGAUAGGCUCUGACCACUGAAGUCUGCUGUUAGAGGGAAUGAUUACAGAAAUGGCUGUUGAGCAAAGUCUUCUUAUUGAAAUGAUAAUUCUUUUUGGAUCAGGUUCCAUGAGGAGAAGCUCUCAUCUGGGACCCACAGAUAUUUACUUGGAGGAUCUCUCAAACCUGGAUGCAGAGCAAAUAGCACUUUAUUUCCCUAAAAGGUAUGAAGCAUGAUUCGUUCAAUAAUUCUUGCGUAGUAUAUGCAAGGAUGUAUGAAGAAGCCUGUUUUCAAGAUGCUUGACAGCUAUUGCAUCAUCAAGCUGUCAUGAGUUGGUAUUUUCAUUUCUGUAUGUUCUUCACCAUGGUUCCUAAUGAAAUUAAUGUAUCUUAAAACUAUUCUCUUGGAAAAUUGAAAGAAGACUCCACCAAACAUGACCAGCACUAAAUAUGCACAUAUUCUACUGCAUCUGUCUUGGACAUGUUAUUAGAUAGUGUCCAGACCAAGUAGAAAGCAUCCUCUCUUGAGCAAUUGGAAAUGCUUUAAAAGGUGUCUUAACUUUCUUAAAUAAAAAAAAAAAGUUUGCAAAAUAAUUUGUAUUCAUUUGCAUGAGGGUCAGCUCUAAUAUAAGUCACAGAGAGCCACAUGGUUUAAGGGACCAUUAUUGCCUGCCAUUGCAGAAAAGCUGUGAUGCUGGAGCUGUCCCAUGCUGCCUUAUCUCUGUGCCUCCCUCUGAGGAAAGGCCCUUUUCUUAGAACAAGCUCAGGAAGCCAUGAGGCAAAAGCAGCUUACAUGUGGGGUCUAAACUAUGGUGGAGGGGAGGCCCGCCUAACUCAGGUAGCACAAUGUCUUGUGCCAACUCAUGGAUGUAAUUAUUUUUUUAAAAAACAUUAAUGAUCCUAGCUUAGGGGUCAGCAAACUAAGGUCCGCGGGCCAGAACAGGCCCAAUUGCCCUCUGGAUCUGGCCCGCGGACAGUCCUGGAAUCGCUGCUUGGAUCGACGUGAUCGUUCGGGCUGUGCCAUUUUUUUUGCAAAUUUUUUCGGGUGCCAUUUCUUCCCCUCCAUCCACCCCCACUGCAGCAGCACCUCCUCCCUCCUCCCUCCCUCCUCCUGGCUUCUCCCCGCCCUGCAGAGGAAGGGAGCUGGGCUUUGAUUGGUGCCAGCAGCCAGCCAAUCCAAAGCCUCGCUGCCCACGCGCUGAGGCGCAGCCCAGACUUGCCACCUGCCUGCCGGCCUCUCUGUCCAUGGCCACGCUGUGGGCAUCGUGACAGAUGCAUCAUGGGGCUUUGGCUGGAGCCUGGCACUCGGGAAAGCUGGCUCGGAAAGGAGAGGUGCCGCCACCACUGCCAGCUCCCAACAGCAGGCAGAGUGGCAGAGGAGGUAGGAAAGCAGGGGGAGAGGAAGGGCAGGGGGAGAGAGGGGGAGAGAGAGAAAAGUUUGCCGACCCCUGUCCUAGCUUGUUUGGGCAAACCAUAGUUAAAAACCAAUUGUAGUUUGCCCUGCUUUGUGUUAGGAUAUUUCCGUUCCACCUUAAAAGGGAGCAGUCACACAGCCUGCUUAUUUCCUGUUUCACAGGAUGUUUCUGUUGUGUCUUUGCUUUCGCUCUCUCUGUGUCAGAGACACUGAAGCUGGCAGUCAUGUUUUCUUUGUUCUGAUCAACGCUGAAUAAAACUUGUAAAUAAUGCUUUCCUGAGUGCGUCUUUCGCUCUGCAUUAUCUGCUGAUAGAGCGUGCAUGAGUUCUGGAAUGUGGCAGGCUAUUUCUGGAGCUCGUGUCACUAAUUGCUGAUACUGUAUCUACGGGAGAUUGAUGGAUCGUCCAGAGGCGACUUGUGGGGCCAUGAUGGAAUUUGUCUCCCUGGCAGUAUCCCAACACUUUGGACAUCAUGACAAACUGCAGCAAAUGCUUCCAGUCUCCUCAUGGCUGUGCUGCAAGAGGGAAGAGGAAGGGAGAAGGCAGAACCCCAGUGCCCAUGCACAUAUUGCUAAACCAUGAUUUAGCAUUAUGAGCAAACCAGCUCUUUACCAACAAGUUUAUAUUCUGAUCAUUUAAUAUUUGCCAAAUUAUUCUUUAAGGGAAACAUGGCAUUUGCAUUUCUUUUUUUCAAGAGUAAUAUUUAUAUAUAUUUUAAUUGGAUGUUUAUCCACCCUGUGAUUAUGUGAUUACAUACCAUAUAAGCAGCAUCCGCAUGAUGUUGGAAUGUAUCACGUGCGCAGAAGCCCGUGUGAUACCUGGGCUGAAAUGGGAGCGCCCACAGAUGCAGCACCACCCGUGUCAGUCAAAGUGGCUCUCUUGAGUUGGUGGCUUGACAGCUCUUGAGAAAGCUGUGCGCUUGAGUGUAACUGCAACAUUCUGAAAUAAGAAUGAACCUUAAUAUUACCGACUAGAUAAUUAAAACCAGGGAGAACUUCCUAAAAUACCAGGAUCCUGCUGUCUUCUCCUUUCUCACUUUUGUUCAAUUAUUGAAAGAAAUGUAGUAACUGAGUGGCCUGCAUGGUAUCGAUGCUUUGUUCUUCUGUUGUCAGUGAUGCUGAGCUGAGUGGCCAAGUACAAUCUGACCCUGGCAGCUUCUCUUCUGAGCACCUGCAUGGUGGUGGUGCUACUACUGUUGACAACAGCGCAGAUAAUCUCUCGGAGCCUUCAGAAAGCAGCCAGGUGCCUCACAUGCUGCUGUCUGUCUGUGGAGGUCUUGGGGAUGAUGGGGAAUUAUCUCAUGGUACGUCUGAAGGAGAGGGAAUAAUUCUAGUGUGUGGUGCCUCACAAGGCCUUCAGGCACAUCUUUGUGCUCACUAAGGCCUCCUGCCAAUCAUAACAGAUUGGUUUGGACUUUUUGUUCCUUGGUUGACGGGGGGGGUGUGUGUGUGUGUUUGAUGCUGCCCGGUUUUUGGUUUGGAGGGGGGGAGCACUGUCUGCCACACACUACUGUUCUUGUUCCUAGGAGAGAGUGGUGACUGCAGGAGGCAGGGAUGGCACACUCUGUUUCUGCAUGGUACAUACCCACCUUCCUUGCAGCUGGUUAUGCAGAACCCAGCUGAGGCUAAAAAAAAGAAAACCUGCUUCAAGCUGCUGGGAAAGUGAAAUUGAAUGGCAGGCCAGCUGGUGGUCUACACACCACAGUGGAUUUGCCUUAUGACUCCUUGCCAGGCUGUGUCUUAAAAUGGAAAUAUGCUUGUGUGGAACGAGAGCCCUAGUAAAGGGGAAUUUGGGGAAACAUAUCUACACUACAAAGGGACGCGGGUGGCGCUGUGGGUUAAACCACAGAGCCUAGGACUUGUUGAUCAGAAGGUUGGCGGUUCAAAUCCCCAUGACGGGGUGAACUCCCGUUGCUCGGUCCCUGAUCCUGCCAACCUAGCAGUUCGAAAGCACGUCAGAGUGCAAGUAGAUAAAUAGGUAUCACUCCGGCAGGAAGGUAAACGCCGUUUCCGUGCGCUGCUCUGGUUCGCCAGAAGCGGCUUAGUCAUGCUGGCCACAUGACCCGGAAGCUGUAUGCCGGGUCCCUUGGCCAAUAAAGCGAGACAGGCGCCGCAACCCCAGAGUCUGUCACGACUGGACCUAAUGGUCAGGGGUCCCUUUACCUUUACCUUUAUCUACACUACAAACCUUAUUAGGUCUAAGUGUCUGUCCUCCCCAGGGAACUGUAUUUUGCAGGAUUCUUUGCGGGAAACCAUGGCAGGAUAACUGUCAUAACAGCAACAAAAGUUUGGGCAGCAGUGGCCGGUGUGGUGGGGAAAAGCCCCCCUCCUGACACUGUCAGCACUGCAGCUUACCUGGAGGGGCUGGGGAGGGGGCAGCACAAUCGGGAUUGUACAAGUGCACCGUUUGGAGUGCCAGAUUGGCUUCACGGGUGUAUCUCCAUCCUCAGUGCUGUCCUGCCCCAGCACUGUCUCAGUAAACUGCAGUGAUGCUGGAGUUGAGGGGGUGGCUCCACCCUACCGCUGGCAAGGGGGAGCGGCUCCUUGUUUAUCAUGAUCCUCUAGUUAGCAGCCACCACUAGCUUUGCAAGUUGCUGGAGGGUUGCUGGCCAACUGGCAUGUAUUUCUCUCUCCCUUCCAUUUCUAGCUGAGAAGUUCAUGAAGCACAUAGUUUCCUACCAAGAGUUUUUGGAGAACCCAGCAAUACUCGAGGACCCAAAUUUGGUGAUCCAGAUCCACAAGAAGUUAGUAGAAAGAGCACUUUCUGCUCUGCUCCCCACCCCAUAACCGCUUUACGUGUGCAAACAUGCAUGCAUUAACCAGCUUCCAUUAUGUGAGCCUAGAGAAAUUACUGGCUAUUCCUAGAAAUCUGCCUCCCACUACCCACAUCCAUCAAAGAUGAAGGUGGGACUUUCAUUCCUCUCUUAUUCUGCUGUGUGUGCUGUGUUCUGUCUGCGCUGAAAAUACUCCCUGUGCAAUCUAAAGUUUGCUGACAUGUAUGAAGUCCCACAGCCCUUCAUUAUAAGCUCACUGUCACUGACAACAGUAAAAAUAAGGUGUGCUGGGCUUGGCUUGUAGUGCAUGUGCGGAUGGCUGCAAUUAUGGGGUAGAAUUCAUGUUGUACUGUCCAGAGGAAAACCUUACCAAUAUGCCAUUUUUAGAGUUGUAUUGGGCAGUGCACACCAGAUUUCACCUUUCUAUAUGUUGUGGAAGUAUAACAGUUUGGAUACCCCAUAAGGUGUCAGUGAGCCCAGGUGUGUGUGUGUUCUGAAUGCAUGCCUUUUCAUGCUGCAUCCUCACUGGUACAUCCAUAUCUCAAUGCUUUACUACCACAUGAAUGGGGCUAUAGGCAGAGUGAAAUUUCUUCCCCUCUCUUUGCUUGCAGAUAUUAUAACUGGGCAGUUGCAGCCCCUAUGCUCCUCUCCCUACAAGCUUUCCAAAAGGAACUUCCCAAGGUAAGUAGUCUAAACAAAGUUGGAGAACUGAAAUGCCUUACUUAAGCUCAUAGGUCUCAAAACUCAAAGAAUGCUUUGGCACAGACGUUUAAUAUCUGAAGACAGCCAGCUCUAGAUGGAAAGGAACAAGUGUAUAGCAUGGGGUUAUUCCUGGAUCCAUCAUUGUCACAGGCCACAGUGGCUAUGAGUACCAAUUUCUGACUUUGGUUGGUUUACAGGCCUUUUAAAAGCCUUUAUUUUCACUUCACCUUGAUAGCUGGAGUCUUGACACAGCAGAAGUUUUCUUACCUCCUGCAUUCCUGAUCACUGACAAGCUGGUACCUGUAUUCUAGAGCAAGAAUUUCUAAGCUGAAUUUGACAUGUCCUGUCUCUAUAUGCAUGGACAUUCUCUUUGGCUAAAUUUCAUCUUCUCACCCCACAAAACUUCAGUAAACCUUUGAAACACAUCAUAAUUCUCUGCACUUCUGGUCUGGAAGACAAGCUGGUGCUAGUUCUGUGCCAGCACUUGUUGAUCAGCUGUUCAUUCUGGCGGCUCUCUGCCUGCUUGGUCAUACUACUUCUCCUGGGAUAGUAAUUGUUGCUCUCUGUGGGGAAUAGGGGUCUUCUUUCCGCUCCCUUAGCAAACUGAAGCUCCCAUGAUUCUUUGUGGACAAUUGUGACUAUUUCAAAGUGGAAUAAUACUACUUUAAAUGUGCAAUGCGGAUGGGGCCUAAGCAUUUGAUACUGGCUGCUCUGGAAUCUAGGGCAUAUCCUACAUCUGUAUGACUCAUCAAUUGCUGUUUUUAAUUGAGGUAGUAAGAACAUCCUGUCAUGGUAUGUGGAUGAUCUCAUUUGGGGUUGAACCUAAUUCACCACUUGUUCUCUCUUCAUGUCAUCAGAGUACUGUCGACAGGCUCAUGAAGGAAAAGAUGCCCAAGAAGGGGGGCAGGUGGUGGUUUUCCUGGCGGCGAAGAGAACUUUCACAUGAGGAGGUACUUUGUGCACCAUGAUUCUAUGAAGUUACACUGCAAGAAGGAAACGUUGCUCUGUGGCAUUGCAACAUUUUGGACUGAACUUCUGUAGGCAACUGAUCUGGAGCUGAACUUCAACUUGGGAUUAGCUAACAUGAAUGUGAAAGUGGAACAUUUUGCCUUUGGAUAAAAUUCUAACAUUUACUCAAGCACAGGAAAAAGGUGUGAUACAGUCUCUUCAGUGCUGCAGAGGUAGAUUUGGAGGAGGCAGAGGUCACAUUCACACCUUACAUUUAAAGUGCUGAUAUGCCACUUUAAUCAGGUUUGGCUCCCCCCUGACCAAAUAAUUCUGGGAAUUUGCUGUCUCCACUGGCCAUUAUUUCCUCAGGCUCCUGCUUCUCAGGUCAACGUCCUUUAGUCACCCUGUCUCUUCACCAGCUUCACUAGCAUUCCUCCCCCCCCCCCCAAAUAGCACACAGCACCUCCUGACUCGAGCCCUGUGAGACAUCAGUGGAUAAAUAAAAUGUCUGUGUCAUUACAACGUCAAAAUACCAGAUACAAAGGCCUAGCUUCCCCACAACAUGAUAGCUUAGCUGCUAGAAUUGCAAACAUCCUCCGGCAGAGGAGGGCUGACUCUGAAUCCAAUAUGAUUCUGUCUACCAGAAAUAAAUAGGCAAUCUCUCUGUUGUCACCUUUUCACUUUCACCUUUCUGCAUUAUUAAAAAGUGCUAAGGGCCCAUUUUCAGACUUGUUCCUUCCAUAUGUGUUGGGGAUGCUAUGUUAAAGUGCUCUUAGUAUACCCAAGCUCACAUGGCCAUACUUGGUUGGGUGAUCCUCCUCCCACUGAUUCCUCAGCAUUAAAAUUAGGAUUAUUGCCUAUGAAAAUGUGCCACGUUGUGAACACUAUAGGGGACCUGUGCUCCUUUAAAUUCCUCUUUAAGGCUGUUGAGAAUCCAGCAAUAGCUUGAGGUUCACAAGUUCCUUCACCCCUGAGGAAAGAAUAUUUUCUUAGGUAUAUUUGUCUGUGCUUGGAGAUGCCAUUGCACCUGCUUCUUUGUGGUGUGCCUGAGACCUUGGUUUUCUGCUUGAACUGUUGCUUAAAGAAGAUUAGUGAUUUCCAAUCUCUUGUGUCCACAGCAUGAAUCCAGUGCACAGAAAUCUAGGAGAGCAAAUUCCUCACUGCGGAGGUAAGAUGUCAGCAUGCCCUGAGGUGAAGCAAUGUUCAGGAUACCAAAGGACAAAGUUACUGGUUUUGUUUUUUUGCUUUUUAAAAGUUAUAAUGAGGAAACCAUAUUUAUUUUUAAAUCUUGCAAAACCCUCAAUCCCUGUCUCAAUUGGGCCACAUACGCCUGUAUUGUCUGCAUCUCCUGACAGCAGUUUUCCAGGGUUUCAGACAAAGAGCCUUUCCCAGCCUUAACUGUAAAUUCUGGGAAUUGAAACUGGGAUCUUCUGUAAGCAGAUGCUGCAUCAUUGAGCUACAAACAUUCCUUCCCUUCCCUAUCAUUGUUUAACAUGGAACCUUGCCUGACAAUGGUUCUAUGAAAUGCUUCUGCUCUUGGUUUCUCCUCCCUUCAGGAAGAUUGCUGUGUUUUCUAGACCCAAGUGUAUUCUGGAUGUUGUAUUAUAGCCUCUGGAGAACAAUGCUUAAGAACGUAAGAAGGGCCUGCUGGAUCGGGCCAAUAGCCCAUCUAGUUCAGUAUCCUGUUCUCACAGUGGAAAACUCAGAAAGCAAGACCCAAACACAACUGCACUCUCCCCUCCUGUGGCUUCUAGCAACUGGUAUUUGGAAUCAUUACUGCCUCUGACCAUGGAGGCAGAGUAUAGCCAUCAUGGUCAUUGAUCGCAUCACCCUCCAUGAAUUUUGUCACACUUUUUUACGUAGCAUCUACUACUUAACAUCUAGGCAAGUCUAUGCUUGCUGGUAACUGCUUAGGACAGGAAUGAGAACUCUUUGCCCUCCAGAUGUUGCUAGAGUUUACUAUCUAUGGGAGUUGAUUAUCCAUGACCAUUUGCAGUGCUGGCUGGGACUGGUGGGAACUGGGAACCCAGCACCUUCUAGAAGGCCACAAGUGGCUUAGGUGAUGACCUUGACUCAUUUCAGAUUCCUCAGAAUUAUGUAGAGCAACAUCUCUCUUUUCCCUCAAAUAGUGAAUAGCCAUUUUCCCACUCUUUGGGAUUUGGCUGCUAUUCUUGAUCUUUGCCCCAUUUUCACUCUUGAAUUCUCAUUCUGCUUCUUUGUACUGCAGAAGAGAUGAUGGUUCAUCCAGUGAUGACGACUCUAUAUCCUCAGGCCGAGGGGAGAGACCCGUACCAGACGCUCUCACGCAGAAGUUUCUUCCAACCUACAAGAAAUCCCUAAGGCUCUCUUCAGAUCAAAUUGUAUGUAGUUUUAAGGGGUUCUUUCCCCCCUUGCUGCCUUUUGUAUGUGACUUCUUUGCUUUGAGAGAUGGGCCUCCAAACAGGCUUCCUCACUGGAAUUUCUGGAUGGUCCUUCCUAAUUACAGCUCAAACCCCUUAACUAUGAGUUAGAUCCCAAUGGCUUUUGGAUGUUAAGGGCCUACCUACACAUCACAUUAAUGGUGUAAGAUCAGCAGCUCUAGUUUUGUUUUGUUUUUUAAAUUAAAUACAGUGCUAUGUCAGGUUACAUACGCUUCAGGUUACAGACUCUGCUAGCCCAGAAAUAUUACCUUGGGUUAAGAACUUUGCUUCAGGAUGAGAACAGAAAUUGUGCUCCGGCAGCACGGCAGCAGCAAGAGGCCCCAUUAGCUAAAGUGGUGCUUCAGGUUAAGAACAGUUUCAGGUUAAGUAGGGACCUCCGGAAUGAAUUAAGUACUUAACCCGAGGUACCACUGUACUAGGCUGAAGUUAUGAGUGAUUGUCAUUGGAACUGCAGCAUGUGAGGACAAUAAAUUUAAAGCCUUCUCUGCUCCCCACCAUCUUGGUAAGGACAUGGCAAUCUUGGCAGGACAUGGCAAUCGCCUUUAGAAAAAAGCUCCCAUUAUCAUUGCAAGCUGGAGGAGGAGAAGAGUACAGAGGGUGAAGAAAGAGCUAUGAGUAGAGGAGGGCACUUUCCCCAGCCUUUGGACCCCUGGGAAACUCAACAAACCUGCUGUAUCUGGAACCUGGUGUGGAGAGUGCAGUUGAAUGAGACACAGCAGUGGACAGGCUGAGGACAUACUAUCCACCUUGGGACAGCCCGUGAAAAGCUAGUCUAGACUGAGAGACUAGGGUGAUGUCUGCUGUGAACACUUCUUGUUAUGAGACAUUUGUGAGAGGUCUGAAAGUUUGUUUGGACCUGGAGUAAGAACCUGGAGGCUGAGAGGGAGGGUAUAUCAGAAGGAAAAUGAACUAAUACUGAUAUAUAUAAACAUUUUUAUAUAAUAAUACAUUAUUUAUACCCUGCCCAUCUGGCUGGGUUUCCCCAGCCACUCUGGGCAGCUUCCAACAAAAGAUUAAAAAUACAUUAAAUCAUCAGUCAUUAAAAACUUCCCUAAACAGGGCUGCUUUCAGAUGUCUUCUAAAAGUCAGAUAGUUGUUUAUUUCCUUGACAACUGAUGGGAGGGCAUUCCACAGGGCAGGCACCACUAUCGAGAGGGCCCUCUGCCUGGUUCCCUGUAACCUCAUGUAUUUUUGUAAUAUUUUUGUUUAUGUUGUCUGUGGUUGUUUCAGUUUUCUAUAAGUCACUUAGAGAUAUAGAGGUAUAAGAAUGGUGUAGAUCAUACUUCAUUAUUGCCACCAAUUGAACCCCUUUUCCCCUGACUGUUUUUUUAAAUAAAAUAAUAAUAAUAAUCCACUAUGUGAUGGCUAAUCUACACUAACAGCAAUGGACAGAUGCUGAACAUGGUGUGUGUGUGUUUUGGUUUUUUUAAAAAUUCUCACUUUACUGUAGGAAAGUUUGAACCUGAGAGAUGGUGUCAAUGAGGUAGUGUUCAGCGUGACCACUCAGUACCAGGGCACAUGUCGUUGUGAAGCCAACAUCUAUCUAUGGAACUGGGAUGACAAGGUGGUGAUCUCUGACAUUGAUGGAACUAUCACCAGGUAAGUCCCUUUGGCAUCACUCCCAUUAACAUUGAACAUGGUGCCACCACGCCAGCAGGAUUGGAGGCAAAAUGGGGCCACUGAGAAACAAAAGUGUCAACAUGCACUGGGAAACAAAAACAAAGUACUGAAAUGGGCAGUGAAAGCUCCCACCCUCAAAUAACCUAAUGAGGACUGUACAGACUCACAUGUUUCCAGCAGCCAUGGAAUGUUAAGUAUCAGUUGGAAAAGAAAAAUGGAAAACUAGUAGAAGGUGGGUGGUUAGAUUGGAUUGCAUGGGCCUUUUCUAGCUAAUGCUUUCCUGGAGGAUGGCAUGGCUAAGUGCCGGACUGAAAGUCUAAGCAGAAGCUCUUCCCUUAGGAAAUGAAGAAGCUCUGUAACAAUUUGUUGCCAAUCCCACAUAACAACAUAUAACGGUCACCAGAUUUUCACUAUAAGGUAGACCCUGAACCAUGAGCUACACUGCAAGGAGUUCAUAGUUGUUUUAUAUGCAUAUGUGUUUCUCAUUAUUCCUCUUCCCAUUAGGUCUGAUGCUCUAGGGCAUAUCUUGCCACACCUUGGGAAAGACUGGACCCACCAAGGCAUUGCAAAGCUCUUUCACAAAAUCCACUUGUAAGUUGUAGCUACUUUGUAGUCCAUCUUUGGUGGUAAACUUGUCCCUUAGGUGAGAGCAGGGUCUACUUACGGGCUUCGCCAAAUUAAUGUGCCAAGUAUGUAAAAUCACUGGAGAGUAGGAUAUACUUUUUUAUUCAGAUAUGUUUUGCAACUGCUCAGCAUAUCAAAUUCUGCAAGUUAGGAAAAAAUGUUAUUUUCUUCUUUUCCUCUUGCUCAGUUGGCUAAAGAGGUUUUAUACUUCUUGACAACUCAUCUCCUAGGAAGUGAUUUUUUAAAAAACCAUUCUCCUUUCAACAAUGUCUGUUUUCGAGAGCCAGUGUGGUGUAGUGGUUAAGACCGGUAGUCUCAUAAUCCGGGGAACCGGGUUCGCGUCUCUGCUCCUCCACAUGCAGCUGCUGAGUGACCUUGGGCUAGUCACACUUCUUUGAAGUCUCUCAGCCCCACUCACCUCACAGAGUGUUUGUUGUGGGGGAGGAAGGGAAAGGAGAUUGUUAGCCGCUUUGAGACUCCUUAACUCCAAACUCUUCUUCUUCUUCUUUCUGCUGGUACUAUUUUCCUAUGUCCCUACUAUUGUUUUCAUAUAUUCUUUUGUUUAUAUCCCACUUUCUUCCAAUAUGACAAGGGCAAUGAAACAACAGCAGAAUGGGAGAGGGGUGACAAUGACUUUUGAAAGGCAAAUGUUAUUGGCACUAGAGGGUUCUUUGAGAAAUAUUUCAGUGCUCCAAACUACAACCUUGCUUUACUCUAAGAGUAAGGAAUGGAUGUGAGUAAUUAAAGUCAAGCCAUUGAAACUGGAGGUGGAGACUAAAAUCACUUUCAUUCAUACCAUACCUCCCAAAGAAUCUUGGGAACUGUAGUUUGUAAAGGGUGCUGAGAGCUGCUGGGAGGACCUUAACAAACUACAGCUCCCAGAGUUCUUUGGGAGAAGCCAUGACUGUUAAAGUGGUAUAAAAGUGUUUAUAUGGUGUGGAUGAGACCCAAAGGGUCUGGACAUUAUGCAGAUAUUUUCCUUGUAUUAAUUAUACCUUCGUUCCAGGAAUGGAUACAAGUUUCUCUACUGUUCAGCCAGAUCCAUUGGCAUGGCACAUAUCACCAAAGGAUACCUGACAUGCGUCAAUGACCAGGGCUGUGUUCUCCCAAAAGGUCCCAUACUGUUGGCACCCAGCAGUCUCAUCUCAGCCUUCCAUAGGUAAGUUCCGUUUUCCAUCCUUCACCAUGUGUUGAUGCGACACAGUUUGUUUGCUUUAUGCAGCUGGACUUUGGUGUUUCACCAUUUUCUGCUUGAUUUGUCUUCUCCAAUGUAGAGAAGGACAGGCAGCUAAUUAAGCACAUGGGGAUAUAUUUGGGAAACAUUUUAUGCAUUGGAAUGUUUUUUUUUUUAAUGCAUGGAAUAUGAGACUCAACCAACAAAGAUACAAAUGAUCUUUAGUGUGCGUGUGUGCGUGCCUGCGCGCGUGCGCGCACACACACACACACACACACACACACACACACUGCAACUGAAAACCAAGUUAAAGAGAAAAGAAAGUGUUAACAAUACAGAAUUCUUUUUUGCAAUAAAACAAUUAUCCAUACAUACCAACACUCAGAUAAUAAAUCCUCAAUAAGCCACAAAGGUCUCCCCUUUACAUUUAAUAUCAUGUGCAUGAAAUAUGAGAGACAACAUCUUUCAAGGGAGAGGAUUUCCAAAAGUAUCCAAACUGUAAAUGUGCAAUUUGUUUUGUUGUUGUUUAGUUGUUUAGUCAUGUCCGACUCUUCGUGACCCCAUGGACCAGAGCAUGCCAGGCACUCCUGUCUUGCAAUUUGUUUUGUAAGGUGUUAAAAUGUAUGGCCUUCAUUUAACUAAUGUUUUACCCAUACUUACAAGUGUCUUGAACUGAAGAACUUUUACUUGUUCCCAAAAUAACUGUUGGCAGCCACUGACUUAUUGGGAGAAAAUGCGGAGCAAUUGUGUAUGUAGGCUAAAGCCUAGUCAGUCUGACCUCCCGUCCCCCUUUGGUUUGUUUCUUAGAUUCUGUUAUGCAAUGGGUACUUCAGCUACUGCCAGCCUGACACCUUCCAGCUGUUACGAGCUACAGUGCUGACUUGGGCAGAUGAGACCUGCAGUCCAAAAUUUCUAGAGGGUGCCAGGCUGUAGAAAGCUGGUGUCGAUUCUUCUUCUUUUCUCUUACAUUCUUACCUUAUUUGGCCAGGGGAUGGGCGGGAGCAGCACCCCGCCAUGGUACUAAGAAGCUAAGUUACAGGGAACCAGGCAGAGGGCCUUCUCGGUAGUGGCACCUGCCCUGUGGAACGCCCUCCCACCAGAUGUCAAAGAGAACAACAACUACCAGACUUUUAGAAGACAUCUGAAGGCAGCCCUGUUUAGGGAAGCUUUUAAUGUUUGAUGUAUUACAGUAUUUUAAUAUUUUUUUGGAAGCCGCCCAGGGUGGCUGGGGAAGCCCAGCCAGAUGUGUGGGGUAUAAAUAAUAAAUAAUAAUUAUUAUUAUGUACUAAUGAAAUGUCUGCCCACCAUUGUUGCAGGGAAGUGAUUGAGAAGAAGCCAGAGGUGUUCAAAAUUGCUUGUUUGACUGACAUCCGGAACCUCUUUGGCUGCAACAAGCAGCCUUUCCACGCUGCUUUUGGGAACAGACCAAAUGUGAGUGGGGGUCACCUAGUGUGUGAAGGGGGCGGGGGUCUUCCUUGUGGGGAAUUCCUGCCUUGCCGUGACCUUGGUCUUUCUCUAUUUCCUCCUGAGCAGGAUGUCCAUGCCUACAAAGAAGUGGCGUUACCAGAAACUCGUAUAUUCACUGUGAACCCCAAGGGGGAAUUGACACAGGAGCACAUAAAAAUCCACAAGUCAACGUAAGCUUUCAAAUUUAUCCAGACAUUUCCUGCAUUGAAUUUGAAGUUCUUUGCAAGACUGUAGACACGGUGCUUUUAACGUUGUUGUUACGUUUAUAUCCUGCCUUUCCUCAAGUGAAUUUAAGGUGGCAUACAUUAAUAUGCUUGGCACACAUUAAUAUCCUUGAAACAACUCUGUGAAAUAGGUUAAACUAAGAGAGGGUGACUGCCCUUUGAUUGCCUGAAGAGCUUCAUGAUGGAGUGGAAAUUUGAGCCUUGGUUCCCCAGGUCCCAGUCUGACAUGCUACUCACUAUACCACACCAGUAUGCAUGAAAAAAUCCAGGAAAAGCAAACUCUGCAGCCAGAACAGCAGUUUCCCCUCCUGCCCCAGUAACAUUUAAAUGCCACAUGGUACAGUGUGAUGUUUGGGUUUUCUUCCCUUGAUCAACAGCAGUCAUUGAUGGGGGAGGGUGACAGUGGAAGCUUGCAAUGUCAUUGCGUCACCUGGUGAGCACUACUAAAAGUAAUAGGUGGAUGAAAGAACUUGCCACUGAAAAUGGCACCCCCAGUGUGGAUGCAAUGUCUGCUCCCACCCUUUUGCUUGUCCUGAUCCCCAGCUGGUAGUGUGACAGCUUGUUUCUACCUGCCCUGUAUGUGGAUAAAACUCUGUGUGUUGCCUUACUGAAAUUCAAGGGAGAUGUGUGCUUCCAGGGCAGUGGGUGAGAGUGCAAGGAAGGAGGCUUGCUGUCUUUAAUCCUUUAUAUUCUAUUUUUUCUAGAUAUGACCGACUGAGUGAGGUGGUAGAGCUCCUGUUUCCACCUAUUGGCAAGGAUGUGAGCAUUUCAUUGGCUUCCCCAGAAUUCAGCCAGUUCUCUUACUGGAGACCUCCAUUGGCCACUGUUGACUUUGAAGAUUUUGCCUUGUGAUGCAGAGCCAACAACAUUCCAAAGCAUCUUUCACUGUUGGUCCUCUAGUAUGACGGACAGGCAGCAGACACCUCUUGUAGCAUCUUUCCCACAAUGUGCAAUACUUGAGCAUUCAGAUAGCAGGGAGAGGGGGGGACACCCAGGACUCCAUUUCCCAUUUGUGUGGGGCGAGGGGGAUACAUUUCCCAACCCAGGGUUUGACAAACGUGUUUAUGCCGCAUGACAGAAUGCAUUUUACCUGCAACCUUGUAACCUAGGUGCAUUUAAGAGUUGGUGAUAGUGGGUUUGACUGAAUAUUAAUAAUGGCUGGUAGUCUCCCCCCUCCCGUUUCUGCCUGAUGACUUGCAUAGUUGAUGGCUGCAGAAACCGCAAGCUUUGGAUGGAAGAACAGGAGAAGAAUACUCACCUAAUGGACAUUUAGGAGCUCCGGCCUGUUGGGAUAAUGAAUUCCUCUGGCUUUGUCAUAUAGCUCUUCUCUGGAUUGUGGUCAGUAUUCAGUAAUGGCAUCAAUAUGUGCCUGGACACUAAGUGCCUUAAUGAUGCUUGAUGGGGUGGUCUAUCUGUUUGAGUCUCGCUGUGUGUCCCUCCCUCCCCCAAAGAGCUGAAGGUGCUAAUUUUGCUAUUGUACACAACUUCUACUGCCAUCUCGGUUCUCAGGUAUUGAUUUUAGCAUUUCAAAAAAUUAGCAAAUCCGGUUUGAUCAGCGAUGAAAGUCAGACAGAAACAAUGACAACUCAGCUACUAUGAGCCCCAUGUUUAAUAAUACCUGAAGUACUGGGUGUGGUUGUUCUCAUACCGCAAGGUGUGUGUAGCAUAUGGGGUUUUUUGUUUCAUUUGUCGUUGUUGCUGGGUGUGUUUUGUAUGGGAAGGCACCAUAGAUGUAUGAUGAUGCAUUCCUCCACUCCCACCCCAAAAUAAUGUGCAUUUUAAAGUACUUGGAUUAGCAGUUGGGAGGGGAAAGGUGGAAGGAAGCACAUAAGGAUAGAUGAUGAAGAAGUAGAGAAGUAGUCAAGUCACUCUGGGGCACUUUGGAGUUCUGCGGGCUCCCCUCCCUCCUGAACACUGCUGUGAAGAUAGUCUCUAACCUUAGGCACCAAUUCUUGUUCUACCUCACCUUUACGUACCUCCUUUUGUGAAACUAGAUGGUACUUCAAUGCACAAAGAGGUAGAUUAGACUAUAGCUACUAUAAGUUGGAGCCAAAGGACUCUACUGUGCAGAUGCAGCAAUAAAGUUUUUUUGCAUGUCUGAAA